GACAUGUCAACUCUGUGAUAGCUAUUUUUUCAACUCAAGGGCAUUUCCUGGUCAUCCUAGUGGCCAGUUUGUAACCUCUGAGUUCAUCUGGUUUGGUUCAUGUGAUCCGAUAACGUAUAUUGUAGUUUCCGCUUUUCUCACUCCCGUUAUAAAGUAUGUACAUACAACGUAAAAGGCGUACGCUGUAUGUUCCACUCACUUCCUGUGCACAAUGUAAUGAACUCGCUGCUUAUCGUUUAGUGCAGUAAUUUUACAGCUCGAUCGGGUCAAGAUGGACGCAAUAGCACACGUGAUUCGUGUCUCUCUCCCGACGUACUUGGAGAAUUUGCCGAUACCAGGGUCCUUUGAAGACUUGGUUCAACUAACAGGUGCAGACUGGUUAUCUUUGCUGCCUUUCGCCUGCACUGUUCUGAUACUAUGCGCCUGUAUCGGACAGAGUGUAAGGUCCCUCAUAUUUGGACGGAGCCAGGUAUGUAACCCCAUGAUACGGAAGAGUGAACCCAAAAUCACCGACGUCAUAAUGAGAGAGGACCUCAUGAAGGAGGACAAGGUCAGCUUCUGUCGCUGCUGGAGGUCAAAGAAGUGGCCAUACUGCGACGGCGCUCACAAGUAUCAUAACCGUGAGACGGGCGACAACGUGGGGGCGCUCGUCAUCAGAAGCAAGGACUGGAAGCCGAAACCUAAGGAUAAACACAAAGAAAAUAAAUGAUAUUAAACACUUUAGUGAAUGCCAGCUUAUUUCCAAAUCAAAAAUGCUGUUUGAAACAAUAUUUGUGCCAGUGAGUGUUUCAUGAUAUACAUUUGUUCUAAUAUACACAAUUUAGUAACACCACAUCAUAUUUCAGAACAUCGCUCACUUGUUUUGUGAAUGCGCA